CACCCCUCCUCCCCCCCUGUUUUUCCUCUCAGUUGUUAAGACAGGCACGACACACACGGCAGGAUGUCGAUUGUCAGCAUCGUCGCCAGGGAGAUCCUGGACUCCCGAGGGAACCCCACAGUGGAAGUGGACCUGCGCACGGAGAAAGGUCUUUUUCGGGCGGCGGUGCCCAGUGGAGCAUCGACUGGCAUCUACGAGGCACUGGAGCUCCGAGAUGGAGACAAGAGCCGCUACAAGGGCAAAGGUGUUCUGAAGGCUGUGGGACACAUCAAUGACACGCUGGGUCCUGCACUCAUAGCCUCAGGAGUCAGCGUAGUGGAACAAGAACAGCUGGACAACAUGAUGAUCGAGAUGGACGGCACAGAAAACAAAUCUCAGUUUGGGGCCAACGCCAUCCUGGGCGUGUCUCUGGCCGUCUGCAAGGCCGGCGCUGCUGAAAAGGACGUCCCCCUGUACCGCCACAUAGCCGACCUGGCAGGAAACACAGAGCUGGUGCUGCCGGUUCCGGCCUUCAACGUGAUCAAUGGAGGCUCUCACGCUGGAAACAAACUGGCCAUGCAGGAGUUCAUGGUCCUCCCCGUCGGCGCCGAGUCCUUCAAGGAGGCGUUGAGGAUAGGCUCUGAGCUAUACCACACGCUGAAGGGUGUGAUCCAGGAGAAGUACGGCCAGGACGCCAUCAACGUGGGUGACGAAGGGGGGUUUGCCCCGAACAUUCUGGAGAACAGCGAGGCUCUGGACCUUCUUCAGACGGCCAUAGAAAAGGCUGGAUUUAGCGAUAAAGUGGUGGUCGGCAUGGACGUGGCUGCCUCGGAGUUCUACCGCGAGGGGAAGUACGACCUGGACUUCAAGUCCCCUCCAGAUGCAGAGCGACACAUCAGCGGCGAGGAGCUGGCCGACAUCUACCAGAGCUUUGUUAACAACUACCCAGUGGUGUCCAUCGAGGACCCCUUUGACCAAGACGACUGGGAGGCCUGGUCCCGCCUGACUGCCCAGGUGGGCAUUCAGGUGGUCGGCGACGACCUGACAGUGACCAACCCGAGACGAAUAGAGAAGGCAGCCGAGGAGCGCGCCUGCAACUGCCUGCUGCUCAAAGUCAACCAGAUCGGCUCUGUCACCGAAGCCAUACAAGCGUGUAAACUGGCUCAGGCUAACGGCUGGGGCGUCAUGGUCAGCCAUCGCUCGGGAGAGACGGAGGACACCUUCAUCGCUGACCUGGUGGUGGGACUGUGCACUGGCCAGAUCAAGACUGGCGCCCCUUGCAGGUCUGAAAGACUGGCCAAGUACAACCAGCUAAUGAGGAUUGAAGAGGAGCUGGGAGACCAGGCACGCUUUGCGGGACACAACUUUAGGAACCCCAGCGCCCUGUGAAAAGGACUGAGACGCACACACACACACACACACACACACACACACACACACACACACCGAGCCAUGUACAAAUGAAAAAUCACACAUGCAAAAAAUGUAAGAAUAUGCACUGGACCCAUGACCUGUACGCACGUGCACACUCUCUCUCUCUCUUUCUCUCUCACACACACACACACACACACACACACACACACACACACACACACACACACACGCGCGGUCACACGCACACACAGGUGGAGUUAAAAAGCCAGACAUGCACUGUUAUUAGUUCAUUUGAAAAGAUGCUUCUUAAAGAUGUGGACAAGACGAGGAAGCCAACAUGCAAACUCCUCUUCCUCGUAAAUAAACAACUUUGUUCUUUGCUUUGUGCUGAAUGUCCGAGAAGAGAUUUAAAAAAGAAAAAAAUCCCAAAAAAAUUAGGACUUGUAUCAAUUAAAAUGUGUGAAAUAAACAAUUUGCAAUUUCA